AUGAAAGUCCACUGCUAUAACAUAUUAUUAUUUUCUUUUACAUUAAUUAUAUUGUUAUUAUCAUCAUCGCAGGUAAAUAACCAAAUGAACCAUUACAAUAGAGCCCAUAUGAAAAACAUAGAACCUACAAAAUCAUAUAGAUCAUUAUGCGAAUGUGAACUAUAUACUUCCAUGUAUGAUGAUGACCCAGAAAUGAAAGAAAUAAUGCACGAUUUUGAUCGACAAACAUCACAACGUUUUGAAGAAUACAAUGAACGUAUGAACAAAAACAGACAAAAAUGCAAAGAACAAUGUAAUAGAGAUAUAAAAAAUAUUAUUUUAAAAGACAAAAUAGAAAAAGAAUUAAAACAACAGUUAGCAACAUUGGAAACUGAUAUAUCUACCGAUGAUAUACCAACUUGUGUUUGCAAUAAAUCAGUAGCGGACAAAGUAGAAAAAACAUGUUUGAAGUGUGGAGGUGUGUUGGGUGGUGCAGUUCCAGAAUUGGGUUUAUUAUGUGGUUAUGGUGCAUAUGAGUUGGUAAAAGUUGCUAUUGGAGCUGCUGAAAAAGCGGCUAUAGCUGAAGGUGCUAAAGCCGGUAUUGCUGAAGGUAUUAGGGUAGCCAUUAAAGGAAUAAAAGGUGCAUUCAAUAUAGAGUUUUUAGAUGGUAAAACAUUAGCAGAAGUUAUUACUGGAAAAACGUUUAAUAAUUCAACGUUUUUUGUUGAAAAAUUUGUGCAAGAAUAUAACACAGUGUGUUUGUCUUCUACUACUUACCAAGAUACACUAUUUUGCGAUUAUGGUUCAAUGUUCGGAGGGAAGGUUGAUAAUAUUACAGCUAUAUCAUUAAACGCGAAAAACACUGCAAUAAAGGCUGGUCAAGCUGCUGCGAAAAUGACUACUGAAACUACUAAGGCGCUUACAGCGGAAAAAACUGGCGAGGUAACAAGUACAUCAGCUAUUUUUUCUAAUCCCAUGGUAAUUAGCUUUAUUGUAGUAGUAAUUAUAGUUAUUAUACUUUUAAUUAUUUAUUUAAUUUUACGAUAUCGAAGAAAAAAAAAAAUGAAGAGAAAACUCCAAUAUAUAAAAUUAUUAGAAUAG